UGAAAAUACCAGUAACCUGUUGUUGAAAAAGUAUGUGAACUAUUAUGGAGCUGUCAGCUAUAUCAAGUUGCACACAAAAUUUAAGUAGGCAGUAUUCUUUUACACAAAAUCCUUUCAUUGGGGCCAACAUUCAACAAUAACACAAAUAUGAAUCCGAAUCACUUCAUGCAGCGUCAAAUGGUGCCCAGCCAGCCGGUGAUGCCACAGAAUCCAUUGAACUAUCCGGGAGGAAAUACAGCUGGCCUAAUAGGAAAUCCGGGUUUUCCUGGAGUUGCACCCGGAAUGGUAUCACACCCUGGAUCCAAUCCGUUUAGUGUCCAACACAGCGGCUUCGGAGGCUUAGGGCUUGCUCCUGGAUCGCUGUUUUUCAGUAACUCUUCCGGACAGGUCAGACCACAGUUUCAGCCGGGACAAGAACACAAAAACCUGCAGCAAAAUAUCACAGGAGUAAGUUCACUCGGUCCCUUGUUGCCUCAAUCAGCUUUGUAUCAGCCGACGCCAUUGGCUGUUUCUAAUAAGCCGAAAAGCAUAUUGAAAAACUCUGGUUCGAGCGAUGCCCAAAUGACUACGUCCGUUGCCUCUCAACCGAAGAGUAUUUUGAAGAAUUUGCCUGCUAGUACUGCUGCUGGAUAUUGGUCAACACAAUCCACUGGUAAAGUGACCAAUACAGCGGCUGCUGGACGCUCCAUCCCGACGCUUGUGUCCGCGCAGAGGAUGGACACCAAAAGAAAAGUGGAGCCAUCUGUACCUGUCAAGGACUCCCAGAAAAAACAGAAACUCGAUCAAGGAUACACUCUCAAGGGUCAAGCAGAUGAGGAGGAGGACCCAGAAUAUGUUCAGGCCCAGAUCUUUAUAGGGAACAUACCUGCAGACACAGACAGGAGGGUAGUCGCUGACAUUCUGAAGCACUACCAGUUGGAGACUCGAGUCUGGAUGGCUCAGCAUGCUGUGAACCAAGGCCUGUGUGCUUUUGUGAAGCUGCCCACAAUGAAGGACUCCAAGCGAGUGAUUGCUGAAAUGAAGGGUUUCCCGUUUAGAAACAAGCCCAUGGAGGUCAGGUUUACCGCAGCGGCAGACUUCGAGACUUACAAAAUCAUACCAGACAAUCCCUACAGUGUUGCCCCCAAUGUACCUAUGGCUACGCCUCCUGUCUACCAGGCUACGCCCCCCAUCCAACCUUUGGCAACACCCCCUGUCUACCAGGCCACGCCCCCUGUCUACCAGGCCACGCCCUCUUUCUACCCAAUGGGUGUGGCUCCUUCUGCAUUGACCCUUGGUGCAAGAGUACCCAUUGGAGUUCCCCCUAUUGGCUCUCAGUCGUAUGUAUCGUAUCCACCCUUCCAACAGUCUGCAACCAAUCUUAGUGCAUCCCCUAUCCUAGAUAAAUCCUCCAAAAGGUCAAGGUCGCGUUCUAUCUCGCCCAAAGGAAGGUUCGGAGACAGAGGCCAUUCAAGAUCUCCACGAAGACGUGCGAAGGACAGGGAAAGGUCAGGUCAAGGUCAUUCAAGUGAUAAAGGUCAUGGUCAUUCAGACGAAAAACAUCAAGGCCAUUCUGUUGAAAGGCAAGCCAGUAGAAGGGACAUUUCUCCUAGAAGAAGAUCCCCUGACGACAGGCUGCCACGGAAGCGCUCAGUGGAAAGGUCAAUAAAGAAAAGGUCAAGGUCACGAGGUCGAUCUCCUAGGAGACACUCGACUGACAGAUAUAGUGAUGAUAAUCGCUACAGUAAAACUAAACACAGCCAAAGCCCUACAACAACUAGAUACAGCUCACGUAUGGGUCACUCAGUUAGUCCCGUAUCUGACCAGUUGCACUCGAAACAAAAAACUGGACACGAUACGCGUACCAUUUCUCGUCAUUCCGAACGCCGUCACCUUUCUUCGAGCCCUGUUUCUGAUAAGUCUGGGUUGAGUCAUCACCAGAUGUAUCCUCCAGGGUAUGUCACUCAGGAGUUUUUGCCUGAGUCUGCCAUGAUGUUCCACCAGCCAGUUUACGCCCCAGUGUGGUACGCAACAAAUGUACCAACCAUGGACGGUAUGGCGAUGCCAUCGUUCCAUUACGUAGAAGGUAUGGCAUAUGCAGACAAUUAUCUCCAUGACAAAUUGGAUGAAACUGGACCACGGGGCGAGCAUGUGGUCUUCAUUGGGGGACUACCUGUGGAUGUUUCUGAUAUUGCCAUGGAAGACUUCAUCCACCCAUACAACUAUGAGAGUGUGCACCUCAAGGUGCGCUAUGGGAAAGCCUAUGCCUAUGUGUACUUCCACUCAUACCACGAUGCAGAUAUCAUGGUACGGCAACUGAACGGAGAACGUCUGUAUGGGCGUGAGGUGACAGUGGAACAUGAUAAAGGGGAUCAACAAAAGGAGCCUCUAGAAGACCGUGUAUUCCACGUAAGUCAGGUCGAAGUGAAGCCAGAGUCGUCUCUCUUUCAGAAGUUUGUUGAUGCCUCCUACGCUGCGGCCCCUGUGUUGGGCCGCAAGUACAUCACGGAGUACAAGUUGAGUGACGGCUCAACGGCACACUACGUCUGCCUCCUGUGCGAGAGUGUGUGCUCCUGGAAAAGUGUGGCCGACCACGUGAUGGGCUACAAACACAGGCUCAAUGCACUGAAGCGGUCUCAUCCAAAGAUUCACCAGGAGCUCACGCAGAUGAAAGACAAGGUGGAAAUGUUGUCCAAAUGUGCACAGUAUGCCUCCGAACUGGUGAACAACAGCGAGCAAAUAACGUCACACAUUGUCGAAAAUCCCGAAUCGGCUGCUAAUAAUCAACUUAAUCGAUUGAAGGAAAAGCAUCAAACAGAAAGAGAAGGGAAAAGAAAACCAAAGCCAAGUGGAAGAGUCAACAAGACUGACAAAAAAUCGCCCAUAACAAAACAAGACGCAACAUCCGACAUUUUCAGACGCAUAGAAGCAUACAAGAAAAAAUUUGCAUCUCAAUCUGAUGACAAGCCCAGCUCAUCUUCAACAAAGCGCAAACUGGAAUCUGAAAAGAAAACAAAUUUUGAGGAACUAAAGAAGACAAACAAGCCUUUGGCAGACACAAUUGAGUCGGGUAUCAUUUCUGCUAGAAAGAAGAGUGAAGAGCAAUCCAAACCCAAAGAAACUGACGGCAAGCAUAGAACAUCCCAAAGAUAUUCAAAUGAAAGAAAAGGAGAAAGGCAGAAGAGAGAAGAUAGACCAAUGAAACUUGAUCCCAAGAAAGUUGUCGAAGAUGCAAAGAAACGUUUGGAACAGGGGAAAAGUCUUGACAACAAGUAUUUGUCUGUUUCUAGAAUAUCUAAAGACCCUAAAGAAAGUAAGAAGGAGGAAGCUGAAAGAGCUAAAAACAAGAUUACAGAAGAAAAUGUUUUGGUAAGCGAAGAGCAAGUUGUGGUUUCUGCAGAAAAACAAACAGAAAAAGUUGAUGCAGAAAUGCAGAUAAUAGAUUUGACAGUCACAGAGGAAGAGAACAUCAACAAAGAGACCCAUGAAGAUGUAGCAGAUGAUGUAAAAAAAGGCACUGGUGAAAAUAAGGAGGAUAACUCUGAGGUAAAAAAAGGCACUGGUGAAAAUAAGGAGGAUAACUCUGAGGAGGCCAUGCUUUUUGAAGGAGAACUGGGCGAUAUGGACGCUGAGGUUGAGAGGGAGGCAUCAGAGCCCGAUAAGAAGACCUUGCAGAAGACUGAGUGCCGUCUCAGUGGCGAUCCCCGCUCUCAACUGGACAAGUACUUUGCAAGUCAGGCCAAGCAGAACCCUGACAAUCAGUGGAUCGUUGGUCUUCAGUACGUUACGGAGGUUCUCUCAACAAAGCCCAGGAGGCCCCAUCUGUAUGAGUGUUCCCUGUGCAAUACCAAGUGCUAUAACAAGUGCAUUGCCAGCCAUGUAUGUGGCUACAAGCACCGCAUGAAAUACCUGGAGUUGCACCAGGCAGACAUCUAUACAACGCUUCAGGCGAAGGACGAGCCACGGCGCGCCAUGAUGACACACGCUGGGAGGGAGGCCCAGCUCAUUCAGCAACGAGAGGGCACGCACACUGUCAUGUCGGUGUCCGAGGUCGACUAUUACAAGGAACAGAAGAAUGAAAAGAUGCUGAAAAGGGCACAGAAAGCACAGGCGCCUGCUGUACAUACAAUUUAUAAAAAUCUGCCUGAUUUAAACACAACUGGAACUGAAACGACUGCCAUUACCAUUGAUUUAACCCAAAGUGCUGAAAAAGUAAAAGUCAAUAGUGAAAUGACCUCAGGAGCAAAUGAGGCACAAGAGACUAAUAGUAAGGAAAAGAAAGGAAAAAUACAUUGGACGUUUAAAAUACAUUGCAGGUUUAAAGAAAAGCUUUUAAAGGCAAAGGCGGCUGCAAAAAUGGUGAAACGUGAAGAUGGCAAACAUUGGGUGCGUCUGUAUAAAUACAUUUCAUCUAAACCAGAGGUUCCUCUUCUUGGUUUAAACUACGUGACAGAGAUCCUGCACCUGUACGGGCCCACCAACAAUACGCCUGUGUACACGUGUGAGCUGUGCCUAUCCCACACUAAGCUGGACGGAAUUUCCACCAUCUACGACCACAUCAUAGGCAUCAAGCAUAUGGACAACUACCUGCAAAAGCACCACAUGGAGAAGAUUCCAGCGAUGCGGCAGUUGCAGUCUAAGGGAUCCAAACUUGAGUACCUGCUCAUGCAGGCCAAGGUGAUACAGGCCACUCAUGGGGCCAGCUCCCUGCGAGUGGUGGACCUCAAUAAAGUGGAGGAGGCGGAGAGAGUAGCAGCCAGGAAAGCUGAACUUGAGCUAAAACAAAAGCAAGAACAAUUAGCAGAGAUUGCAGAAAGAGCAAAGAAAGAGGUGGCGCUGUUUGCAAGUUCUAAGGCUGCUAUGGAUACUGGCCCCACAGGAACUUCUGCAACCAACACUAAGGUGGUUGCCAUGGAAACUGAGUCAAAUGAAUUUGCUGGUAGGCACUUGACAACUGGUUCAGUGGAGGCAAAGUUGUAUGCCACGUUGAAAGCUCUCAGUACAAAGGCAGUUGUGGGUUUGAACUACAUCACAGAGAUACAAGACAGCCUGGGGUGCUCGUACAGCUGCAAGCUGUGCUCAGAGGAGGCUAUCCGCUCUGCAGCCAUCAUUCCACACCUGACCAGCCCCAGACAUCGACUGAUAUUUCUGCAAGUAAACUACCCGGUGCUGCACAGUAAGAGUGAGGGCAAUCAGGACCUUGUCAAUCAGUACUGCACGGAGAUUGAGGAGCAGUUUGGACGCGAGGCCAUAUCAGUGAUGCAGCGCCGGACUGAUGGGAAACUCUCCAAACCAGUGCUCGUGAAAGGAUCGCCUAAAAAAAAGAUGGCCGCCAUAGCUGCUACUGACGACGAAUGGUUGGAGACACUGAAAUCCAUGGAUGAGGAAAUCCGUAAACUGAGUCAUGGUCAAAGUCAAACUGAGGUCACUGGGUCAGAGGUCAAGGUCACGGAGGAUGAGGACAACAUUGUGCUGUACAAGAUCCUACAAGGCCUUGAUUACACUCCCAUGCUAGGUUUACAGUACAUCACUGAGAUUCAUCACCCGGACCAGCACAGGUCUCCAGUGUACGAGUGUGAAGUGUGCGGGAACGUACGGGCAAACUUCCUGACCACCCGCAACAUCCUGAAACACAUCACCUCCAAGGGGCACAAAAUGAGCUUCUUUAAAGAGAACCAUCUGCACAUCUACAAUGAGAUCUCCUCUGAGAAGAACGAUGAGGCCCAGAAGGCUCUGAUAACAAGGCACACCGAGGAACUCGAGUCCAAGAUCGGGAGGGGCAGCGUCCUGAGACGCGUCGAGGCAGACGAGGUCUUUUGGCCAGCAGACGAUCCUAGUCUGCUCAAAAUCCACAGUCCUUUGGCAGGGGUCUCUGGAGGAGAUGUGACCAAACCUAAAAACGGCCCAGAGCGUUUCCGCUGCAAAUUAUGCGGCUAUCUGAUACGUAACCUGCGCCUAUCAGCAACCAAUCACAUCAGCUAUGCACACUCCUUCCCGUACGAGUGUGACAAGUGCGUGUUUAAAGCUCGCGGUAAGACAGCGCUUGCAAAACACUACAAGAAGAACCACAACACGGAGGCACUUGUGGAUUUCAUAGACGUCUCGUUCAACGCUAUGUUCGAGACCGUUUACACAAUGAAGCUCGGCACUUAUAUGGAUACAGAUGGAAAGGUACAGGCCAAGCCUAUUAGAGUUUCACGGCAGAAAAGACCUCUGGCCAUGGGGACUGCUGCAUCCAUUAACAAGAAUGUGAGUGCGCCGCAAGGGACUGGAGAAACCUGCACAACAACAACUUCUUCUGAAUCAGCACUUUCAAUUGCCCAAACAGCAGACAUAAGUCUGACACGGAACACCAUGUCCACGUCUGUACAGACUACACUCCCUGGUUCUGUACAGACUGCAAAGCAAGAGCCUGUACAGGCAUUACCCUCAUAUCCUGUACUGGCGCCAUCCCACACCGUACAGCCACUGACAAUGGUUGAUUCAAACCUUAGACCACAACAAACAGCAGCUCUGCAUUCUACCGCAGAGACAUGGACUGGGAUUAAAAGCAACACCCAAGAUGCUGUUUUAACGAGCCAAAACGUUGCUUCGAAUUCUGCUGGACUCAAUAAUUUGGCAGAUAAAGGCCAAAAUAUUUCUGCAGUUGGUGUUGUUUCCACCAUUACUCAAUCUGUAGGACAAGGCAUAGCACACAUCAGAAUGGAAAUGGAAAAUACUGCCACAGCCACAGCGGGAGAACUUGCUAACAAAGCCAUGCCACCAUCACAAUCAGCUCUAACGCAUGGAAGUCCCCAAGGUGUCUUGCCUUUCCUUCAGCAGUCAACUGUAUCUCAAACACAUGGAAUUAUUAUACCAGUCCAGCAAGGCAUGCAAGAAAACCAGUCUGAGCCAGAGCCCGUGACUGGUUUGGAUCUUGUGAAGUCUGCGGUGCAUCAGGCAUUGGAGACGGAACUGAAAUCCAGCCAGCAGACGGCGAGCGAAAAGCUGGGUCAGGAAGAGGCUCUGAAUAUUUGUCAUAUUUUGGCUGAAAAAGAAGAUCCAGAUUUUGACUGGUUGGUGGAGAACGGAAUCCUAAUGAGCAAGAUGCAGCAAGGCUUGAUCUUUCUCAGUGCACGUAAAUCCAAGUUCCUGAUGAAUUACGCGUCCACCUUCAGCAGCCACCCUUUACUUGGUUUACAACACAUCAAGGAGUAUCAGAGGUUGGACAUUCGCCUGGACUCAUUCUACAUGUGUGAGCUGUGCAGGGAUAAACUGGGGCCCACAACCAUAGCCAACCACUUCAAGUCUCUCAAACACAACCUGUGGUACAUGGGCAAGGAACACCAAGAUGACUACAGCACUAUAGUUGCCCUCUGCAAGGACAAGUCCAUCUUGACGAGGUCAGAGCUGCAGAGAGAGGUGGACAGUCUUAGCCUCUCCAUCAUGAAGACAGAGAACCGGCCUAGGCUGAUACCUGUGUUUGUGGAGAAAGCUGCACCAGUGUCCACACCUGCACCAAGCCUGGAUGGUUCAUCCUCAGCUAGUGUUGAAAACAGCAGAAAUAUAACAACUGCAAACAAAACAACUGCUUCUACGCACAAAACAACUGCAGCCUCAAAAACAAUCAAAAGCAGUCCGACAGCCCAAAAGUCAUCAAGAAGACAUAGAAGUGGUUCAAGAGAAAGACGACAUUCAAGAUCUCCCAGAAGUUCUAGAAGACAUGACAGAAGUAGAGAUCGACACAAUAAAUCUUCAAGAAGAACAUCAAGAUCAAGUCGAUAUGAAACCAGCAAAAGUCACUCACAAAAGCGACACAGAAGUAAUGAGAGAGAUAAUGAGAUAUGUAAAGAAAAAAGAGCUAAGAUAGAUGCAUCUAUUUCUGAAAAUACUGAUCGAACUAAAGAAGAUACUAAAAAAUCGACAAAACUAGCCAAGACAGUUGAAGAAGAUACUACAAUUACAACUAUUGACUUGGAACAAGUUACAAGUCCUGAGGAUAUUUUUGAUGAAGGUGAUAUGCUAACUGAAGAGGACAUGAGAAUACUUGAACUGCAACUUUUAAAGCAGUCAGAACUGGAUGAAGAUGAAUUAGCUGUACAUGAAGAUUUGGAAGAUGCAAACAUUCAGGAAGUCAGUGAUACUGAAGAAGCAUAUGUAAGUGUUUCUGAUAACAUCAAAGGAGAAUUAGAUUCUGCAAAUAGAAAAGGUAACAGUUGGGCUGAAGGUGGUGUUUUAAAAGAAAACCAGAUAUCUGUUAUAAUAGAAUUAACCGUUGACAGUCCAAUCAAUGUGUCUGGACAAAAUAAAGAAAACACCGAUAAAGCUUUAGAGAACACAGCAGAGCAUGCUGCUUUGCAGGGUGAUAUUGUUGUGGCUGUGGAUGUUCCUGGAAGUGAUAAAACUGAUUCAGGUAAAAAGGGUGAAGGAAACAAAAGCCUCACCAAAGGUAUUGAUGUAACAGGAGGUAACAGCAUCGUUCAGAGGCCAGAGGUUGAAUCAUCAUCAGAUGUAGUACAUGUUAAUAUUGAGAUACAUGAAACAUCAGAAUUGGGUAUAAGAAAGGCUACAGUUCCAAAUGCUUCAAUGGUGUCUACAUCUACAGUGGAGAAACGCAUUGCUAGUAGUGCACAAUCUGUUCCUGAAAAAGAUUUAAGUACACAAGCACAAAAGGACCAAAGUACAGUAUCCUCAGAAAAUAUCAAUUCUGAGGGCAGUACAUUGGCAUCAGAAAAAGUUCACUUAGAAAUCAUUGAUACUGAAAAGGAAGCAAAAUUUAAAAAUGAUUUCAAAGAAAAUGAUGAAUUAGGAGCUUUUUCUGAUAAGGAUUCAGAGCAAGAGUUUGGCAAUCAUGAUGAAGAUUUUAUCACGUCUCAGCUUGGUGAAGGGUUUGUCACAGUUGAUGACAUUGAAGAUGAAAAUACAGGCAAAGUUAAUAAUAUACAAGAAAAAACAGUUCUUGAAAUUUUGGGACCAAGAACAUUUGAAAAAGAAGUUCUUGGUAAUGAAAGCAAAAGAUUAGAAGAAUCUAAUGAGAAAACUGACACAACUCAUUGGUCAAGUAAAGGUAAUCAUCUUCAGACAACAGGAGUAAACAAAGCAGAUUUUGAAGGAAAAUCACCGUAUUGUGACAAAGCAGAUACUGUAGAUUUUGUUAAGCUUAAUAAAGAAUCAAACACUGAGGAGAUUUAUGAACAUAACAGUCAAGCUCAGAAUGCUGAUGUUAUUGAUUUGAAAGAAGAUGAAAAAGAAAUACUGAGACCUGCCAAUAUCAAAAGUCCUAUCUCAUUUGAUACUGUUAACGUUGACAUUCAGACAGAAAGAAAUAAGGAGCAUCCUGAAUAUCAAGACCAUGAAACAAAGUCAGAUAAAACAGCUCUCAUCAUAGUUUUAGAUGAGAAAGUUGACAAAUAUCAAGAUGAUUCAGUUAUUUUUAAUGCUGGUACAGGCACAAAAAAUGAACACACUGAUAACAAUACUCAAGACAGCCAAAUGGUUGCUGAGGAUAUUGAUCUGAUGGAUGAGUUGGAGAAAGCUCUUGCAAAUGAUGAACAAUUUUUUAAUUCAGAGCAGGAUGAUGAAGCAAACAUUACUGAUGAAGAAACAGGCGAAGACAUCAUCCAUGCAGAUUCCAUGAACAAUGACACAAAUUUUGGCCUAAAAUCAGAUCACCCUGAACAAGAUUCAAUAAUUGAAGAUAAAACCAUCAUUGAACCAAAGUCUGAUGUGGGGGUUGAUAAUGAACCAGACAAAAUGAAAGAAGCAGCAGGAGCAGCAGAUAAUGAUGAUGAAGAUAAAUCUGAUGCAGACAGUGAGGGGAGUUUUGACAUGGACAAUUUUGUACUAGUUGAUGAUGCAGAUGAAGAUGAAGAUAUCGAAGAUGAACCUGAUUCUGGCGAGUAUCCUGGCAGCAGUUGGAUGAGCAAAGAACAGGGACCAGCUGAUGAGUUUAGACCAGAAGGAAAUAGAAGCAGCAGCAUGGAAGGUGUACCUAAGUCCAGGGGGGACAGUAAGAGUGGAGCAAGAGUUUCACAAACAAGAAGUGGCAGUGAGAAGUACGAAAGAAGUUCUCAGGCAAGCAGUAGUCACAGUUAUCAAGGAGACAGUAGACGUGGUAAUUUCUCUCCUUCGCGUGGGCGAGGCUCUUUCCGAGCUAAAGAGAAAUACUAUUGGUCAAGAACCACAACUGAGGCUAGCAGAGGUAAUGACAGGGGGAACCAGGCUAUUGGACAAGGUACUGGUAACCAGUCUAUAACUGGAGGAAAAGGGAACCAUACUAGAGGAAGAGGGAACCAUACUAGAGGAAGAGGGUACCAGACUAGAGGAAGUGGGUACCAGACUAGAGGAAAUAGCCAGGGCGACUACAAUACUAGUGGCAGGGGAAGUUACUCUCAUGGAAGAGGUAGGGGAAGCAAACGUGGCUGGUCAAAUGAGGAGAGUUAUCCAAGGUCUCGAGGAAGGGGAAGUUUCAGGUCAAGGGGUGGAAGAGGGGGAUCCCGCUUGAAUGAUGGUACAUGUGAAAUUACGCUCGAGUUCGAUUAAGAGAACAAUUUAUCUGUGAGUUUAGAAAUACAUUGAAAAAAAAAUGCUUUUAAUGCUUUUUUAGCACUUUUAAUGUUCUGAAAUUCAAACAGUUUGAAUUCUGAAUUCUGCUUGUUCUGUUAUUCAACAUUGUACUAUGUGCUCUAUCAUGUUGUUGAUUGUCUGUGUAAAUGCUUUUGUUUUAGUAUUCAAACACUGAUUAAAAUAUGGACAAAAUGAUUUAGAGUUGAGGAUCAAUUAUAAGGAUUUGUUAUUAAUUAAAGGAAUCGAAAUUCUACCUUUGCUCUCUGGACUUUGUAAUUAUACCCCCAUUACCAUUGGUAAUGGGGGCUAUAUAGGAGUCACUUUGUCCGUCUGUCGGUCGGUCGAUCCGUCCCGAAAUUUCAUCUGAUCUUCACCAAACUUGGUCACAAGUUGUAUCUUGAUGAUGUAUAGGUCAAGUUUGAAUAUGGGUCAUGCCGGUCAAAAACUAGGUCACGGGGUCACUUAGUGUGUUUUAAACCGAAGAUUUGUCCGGACCAUAACUAUGUCAUUUAUCAUUAGAUUUUAAAAUAAUUUGGUACAUUUGUUCAUUAUCAUGGGACGGUGUGUUGCGUGAAAAAAGUAUGUCAAUAUCUCCAAGGUCAAGGUCACACUUGGAGUUCAAGGGUCAAAUGCUUGUCCGGGCCAUAACUUUAUCAUUUAUUGUGAGAUUUUAGAAUCAUUUGGCAAAUUUGUUCACCAUUAUUGGACGGUGUGUCGCGCCAAAGAAUUACGUUGAUAGCUCCAAGGUCAAGGUCACAUUUUGAGUUCAAAGGUCAAAAAUGGCCAUAAAUGAGCUUGUCCGGGCCAUAACUAUGUCAUUCAUUGUGAGAUUUUUAAAUCAUUUUGCAUACUUGUUCACCAUCAUUGGACAGUGUGUUGCGCGAAAGAAUAAUGUUGAUAACUCCAAGGUCAAGGUCACACUUUGAGUUCAAAGGUCAAAAAUGGCCACAAAUGAGCUUGUCCGGGCCAUAACUAUGUUGUUCAUUGUGAGAUUUUAAAAUCAUUUUGCACAUUUGUUCACCACAAUUGGACUGUGUGUCACGUGAAAAAAUUACGUCGAUAUCUGCAACGUCAAGGUCAAAAUGUGAGUUCAAAGGUCAAAAAUGGCCAUAAAUGAUCUUGUCCGGGCCAUCUGUCGGUCUGUCCCGAAAUUUCAUCUGAUCUUCACCAAACUUGGUCACAAGUUGUAUCUUGAUCAUGUAUAGGUCAAGUUUGAAUAUGGGUCAUGCCGGGUCGAAAACUAGGUCACGGGGUCACUUAGUGUGUUUUAAACCGAAAGAUUUCCAGACCAUAACUAUGUCAUUUAUCGUUAGAUUUUAAAAUAACUUGGUACAUUUGUUCACCAUCAUGGGACGGUGUGUCGCGUGAAAAAAGUACGUCAAUAUCUCCAAGGUCAAGGUCACACUUGGAGAUCAAGGAUCAAAUGUUUGUCCGGGCCAUAACUUGAUCAUUUAUUGUGAGAUUUUAAAAUCAUUUGGCAAAUUUGUUCACCAUCAUGGGACGGUGUGACACGCGAAAGAAUUACGUCAAUAUCGCAAAGGUCAAGGUAACAUUUUGAGUUCAAAGAUUAAAAAUGGCCAUAAAUGACCUUGUCUGGACAAUAACUAUGUUGUUCAUUGUGAGAUUUUAAAAUCAUUUGGCACAUUUGUUCGCCAUCAUUGGACGGUGUGUCGUGCGAAAGAAUUACGUUGAUAUCUCCAAGGUCAAGGUCACACUUUGAGUUCUAAGGUCAAAAAUGGCCAUAAAUGAGCUUGUCCGGGCCAUAAAUAUGUCAUUCAUUGUGAGAUUUUAGAAUCAUUUGGCACAUUUGUUCAUCAUUAUUGGACGGUGUGUGGCGCGAAAGAAUUACAUCGAUAUAUGCAACUUCAAGGUCACAAUGUGAGUUUAAAGGUCAAAAAUGGCCAUGAAUGAUCUUGUCUGGGCCAUAACUAUGUAAUUUAUUUUGAGAUUUUAAAAAUACCUGGUACAUUUGUUCACAAUCAUUGGACUAUGUGUCAUGCGAAAGAAUUAUGUCGAUAACUCCAAGGUCUAGAUCACACUUGGAGUUCAAAAGUAAAAAAAUGGCCAUAAAUUUGGACGGCAUGUCAUGCGACAGAAUUCAAGAGUUCAAAGGUCAAAAUGGCCAUUAAUGAUAAUGGCAUUAUAAUUCUUAAAAGUCGCCUUAAAUUUGAUUCUCUUGUUUUGUGAAGACAGCAUGCAAAAUAGUCUGUGUCAAUGCGGCACGUGGGGGUAUAUGUCACGUCUGUGACAAAGCUCUAGUUGUUAUUGUAUUGUACUUUGAUCAUGUUUUUGAAAGCGUAAGUGUACACGAUUGUUAUUAUUCAAAUCAUUCGGUAUUUUUUUCUAAGGACAGAGCAAUUUUCACUACUAAAAUAAAAUGUUCGUUUAUUGAUUUGUCAGAAGAAAAACUUCAUUCAAACCGAUUUGAAUGUUGCUUUUUCUUUGGAGUUAGCAAAACUGAAAAUGUCUAUGAUCAUGUUUGAAAAGGUUAGAUUCAUUUUUGUCUGCAAUUUUUAUUUUUAUAUUUCAAACAAGGAUGUUCAAACUGUUAGUAUUUUAUCAAUAUGAUCACCCACUGAUAAUGAAUUUAAAUGAUAAGUUUUCAACUAAAAAAUGAAUUAUUUAAUCUAUACAAGCAUUUAUUGAAACUGUUUUUACAUUUUUAAAUUUAUCCUGUUAAAAAUGUUUUUUCAAACAUAUUUGAAUUUUUUUUCAGCAAAAGUUUGAAAGUUCUGUUAAACUUAGUGAAAUGUUACUGUAUUUGUAUAACCUAAUAAACAUGUAUAUUAGUU